AUGAUUAGUUUUUCAAUUUAUAUAAAAUGCUCUACUAGUUAGUUACUGAAAUUAGAAGCCGGUAUUUAAGAGUGGAUAGAAUCUUUUAAUCGAAAUUCAUUAAUAUUCAAAUUGAUGUAUUGCAUAAGAAAGCACUUAUUGUUCGAUAGAAGUUAUAUUAUCUAACUUAAACAGGACAGUAUUGAUAUUGGGGAAGUAAUAAUUUAGUUUAUAGUUAAGUCUACUUAAAAGAUCAAGUAUGUUAUUCCAAUGAAUGCACAAACUGUGAUCGAUUGGAAAGUAAAUGAGGAAAAUCUGAAAUUAGUAGCCUUUGCGAUAAUUUGGAAUGGAGAAAAGAGACAUUUUUAUGCUGAUUAGAAUGUGUUGCUACGAGUUAAAGAGUAUAUGGAUGGAAAAGUCAUUUAUAAUAAUAUGGAUCUCUUUUUUGAAGCAAUAAAAAAGCCUGAUUCUAAAUAAUAGAGUUCUGUAUUUAAAUCUAUUUAUAAAGAAGAUUCAAUUGAUCAAAAGAAUUGAUGGUGAAUAGGUUUUUGCUUUGAAAGAGUUGAAAAAACUGAAAAAAAAUAGUUAAUAAGUACUAUGUCUAUUAUAUGUAGUUAUUUCAAAACGAAGUUGAAAGCUUGAGAUAACUGAAUCACAAAAAUAUAGUUAAGCUUAUUCAAAUCUUCGAAUCCGAUUGCACAUAUCAGAUUGUGCUAUAAUAUCUAAAAGGGGGUUCCCUCGGUCAAUGUCUCAAAUAUUGCAAAUUGAAUAGUUAGGAAGUUAUAAUCAUAAUACAAGUACAGUAUAUAUUGUUAAGCUCAAUAGCAAAUUUUGGAGGGGAUUAAUUUUAUUCAUAAAAAGGAAUUUGUGCACAGAGAUAUAAAACCAGAAAAUAUUUUAUUUUAUGAUUUGGGUUAAUUUUCCUAAUUAUAUAUAAUUGAUUUUGGAAGUGCUAAAAAGUUAUAGGAUUUAGAUAAAGAUAAAGACAUGAAAUUUGGAACUCCCGGAUACAUGGCACCCGAAAUAUUUGAUAAUUCUUAAAAAGUAUCUGAAAAAGUAGAUAUCUUUGCAUGUGGUGCUAUUUUAUACCAAAUGUAAGAUUAAUAAACCAAUUUAGGUUGACUGGACUAAAAUUAAUCACAGGAACCACUUAAAAAGAAAUUAUGGAAAAUAACAAAAAUUUCACCGUUACUAACUAGAUACUUUCAAAAAUAAAAUCAAAUGACUACCAAAAUCUUGUAGCUUAAAUGUUAGAAGAAAAUCCAUAAAAUAGGAUAAGUGCAAGUGAGGCUUUAAAUUAUCUUAAUUUGAUGAAAAUUCAGACUUUUACAGGAUCUUUAUCCAUCUAGAUACAUCAUCAUCAAGAACCUGUUUAAAAAUUGCCUAAUUUCAAAAAAUUGAUUAAUAAAUAAUGA